UAUUUAAGCCUCAGCAGCAAUUUUUUGUUACUUUGUCGUGUGAACUGACGGGGUGCAAAAUGCGGUGGACUGUGUUAUUAUGUGCCGUUGUGGCUCUAGCCACUUCCGUUUUUGCUAUGCAAUGUCCAACAUGUAAGGGCACCGAGUGCGCCCUUCCUCGGGUGCCACUGAAGGCAUGUUCUGUCCAUCAUCCGUACCCCUUAUUUCAAACGACUGUAGCCAGAGCUGCAGCAACUUAUUCAUGUUUGUAUGUGGAAUACUACAUCGGCGAAGAACUGGAACAAGUGAGUCAGUGUAUAGUUAUCAGUCCUGGAAAUGACGUCUGUCAAGCACUACGGGACAAAUACAAAGUGAAAACAUGUAGUUUGAAGAAACCCCAGUCUUUAACAGUCGGAGAAGAAAGAGAAGAACCAGCAGAUGAUGUGACGUCAUCAACAGAUUCUUCAGCCACGCCUACGACAACCACAACCGCUUCUACGACAACAACCACUCCUACGACUACAACCACUCCCACGACAACGACAACCACUCCCACGACAACGACCACUUCUACAACAACGACGACCACUCCCACGACAACGACAACCACGACCACUCCUACAACAACGACGACCGUUUCCUCGACAACGACAAGCAGUCCCACGACAACCACGAAAUCCUCGAGCGCUCCGACCACUACUUCUUCAACAACUACAGGCCCUACCACAACCACUCCUACAACAAUAAUAACCACUCCUACGACAACGACAACCACUCCCACAACAACAACGACCACUCCCACAACAACGACGACCACUCCCACAACAACGACGACCACUCCCACAACAACGACAACCACUCCUACCACAACCACGACUACUCCUACCACAACCACUACCACUCCCACAACAACGACGACCACUCCCACAACAACGACAACCACUCCUACCACAACCACGACUACUCCUACCACAACCACUACCACUCCUACAACAACUACAACCACUCCUACCACAACCACGACUACUCCUACCACAACCACUACCACUCCUACAACUACAACCACUCCUACUACAACGACAACCACUCCUACUACAACCACUACCACUCCUACAACUACAACCACUCCUACUACAACCACUACCACUCCUACAACUACAACCACUCCUACUACAACGACAACCACUCCUACUACAACGACGACCACUCCUACCACAACCACACCUACUACAACGACGACCACUCCGACAACAACGACAACCACUCCUACGACAACCACCACCACUCCAACCACUACCACUCCGACAACGACUAAAACCACUCCAACUACUACCACUCCGACAACGACUAAAACCACUCCUACUACAACGCCAACUACCAGUUCUACUACAUCCUCGAGCACUCCUACUUCAUCCUCGAGCACUACAGUCUCUACUUCUAAAACCACCACCACUACAGAAAAGCCUCCAGGAGGGCACGCAGAGAUCAACCAAACGUCUAUUGGAAUUUUGCUGAUUGCAUUGAUGUAUCUGUGCUGGCUUCAGGAGCAAUUUUUUGUUACUUUUUGGUGUGAACUUCUGAGGAGUACAAUGAGGUGCAUCGUGUUAUUGUGUGCCGUUGUGGCUCUAGCCACCUCCGCUUUAGCUUUUCAAUGUCCAACAUGUAAGGGCACCGAGUGCACCCAACCAAGGGUGCCGAUGAAAGUAUGUUCUGUCCUUCAUCCGCAUCCCCUAUUUCAAACAAGUUUAUCAAGAACUGCAGCAAGUUAUUCAUGUUUGUAUGUGGAAUACUACAUCGGCGAAAAACUGGAACAAAUUGGUCAGUGCGUAGUUACGACUUCUGGAAACGACGUCUGCGAAGGGCUGCGAAGCAAAUACAACGUGAAAACGUGUACUUUGAAGAAACCUCAAUCUUUAACAGUCGGAAAACCAGAUGAACCAGGAGAUGGUGAGUCGACAACAACAACUACAACGACGACAGCCACGCCCAUGACAACAAUAACUACUCCGACUACAACGACAACUACUUCUGCUACAACGACGACCACUCCCAUAAUAACCACGAUCUCUGCCGCGACAACGACGACCACGACUACUCCUAGAACAACAACAACCACUCCGACUACAAUGACAACUGCUAUAACGACAACCAUUUCUAGUACAACGACGACCACUCCUACUACAACAACAACCACUCCCACAACAACGAGGACCGCUCCCACAAUAACCACGACCUCCGCUGCAACAACGACGACCACGACCACUCCUAGAACAACAACAACCACUCCGAUUACAACGACAAUUAUUCCUGCUUCAACGACAACCACUUCUACUACAACGACGGCCACUCCCACAAUAAGCACGAUCUCUGCUGCGACAACGAAUACCCUUCCUACUACUACAACAACUACUUCCACAACAACGACGACCAUUCCCACAAUAACGACGACCUCUACUGCGACAACUACGACCACGACCACCCCUAGAACAACAACAAGCACUCCAACUACAACGACAACUACUCCUGCUAUAACUACAACCACUUCUACUACAACAACUACCACUCCUGCUACAACGACAACCACUCCGACCACAACGACGACCACGACCACUCCUACGAUAACGACAACUACUCCCACAACAACGACGCCCAUUCCUACUAUAACAACUACAACCACUCCUACUACAACAACAACCACUCCGUCUACAACGACGACACCUCCCACAAUAACCACGACCACCCCUAAAACAACAACAACUAGUCCGGCAACAACAACAACUACUCCCACAACAACAACUACAAUUCCUGUGACAACAACGACCACUCCGUCUACAACGACAACUACUCCCACAACAACGACGACCACUCCUACUACAACCACUACCACUCCUACAACAACUACAACCACUCGUACAACAACAACAACCACUCGGUCUACAACGACGACAACUCCCACAAUAACCACGACCGCUGCUGCGACAACGACGACCACGACCACCCCUAAAACAACAACAACUAGUCCGACAACAACGACAACUACUCCCACAACAACAACGACCAUUCCGGUGACAACAACAACCACUCCGUCUACAACGACGAUCACUCCUACUACAACCACUACCACUCCUACAACAACUACAACCACUCCUACUACAACAACAACCACUCCGUCUACAACGACGACAAUUCCCACAACAACCACGACCACUGCUGCGACAACGACGACCACGACCACCCCUAAAACAACAACAACCACUCCGACAACAACGACAACUACUCCCACAACAACGACGACCACUUCUGUGACAACAACCACUCCGUCUACAACUACAACUAUUCCCACAACAUCGACGACAACUCCCACAAUAACCACGACCACUGCUGCGACAACGACGACCACGACCACCCCUAAAACAACAACAACUAGUCCGACAACAACGAGAAGUACUCCCACAACAACAACGACCACUCCUGUGACAACAACAACCACUCCGUCUACAACUCCCACUACUUCUAAAACCACCACAACAAAAGUGCCACGAGGACACGCAGAAAUCAACCAAACGUCUAUAGGAGUUUUACUAGUCGCUUUGAUUUAUCUAUACUGGACGUAAUUAAUCCAACUAUUUUAGUUUUAACGGAUUUUUUAGAAACAUUUUUUUUAUUUUUAUUUAUUUUUGCAGUUUUCUGUAUUAAAAAAGCUUCGUAAAUUCAGAAUAUGUAUAUAUAGAAUAGAGUAUUUUGAUAAUUAUCUACAUUCUAAUAAAGAUAUCUAAUUUUUUCGUAAA